AUGAAGAACUCUACAGUGAACUUCACCACAUCUGAAGCUUCAUUUGAGUCCAGUGAUGUACUGCUGAGACUGCAGAUGUCUGUGUACAGCAUCAAUGUUCUAUUCGGUCUUCCGACACACUCCUUUAUUAUAUGGCUCAUCAUCACAGGAACGGGAAGUGGAAUUCCUUCGGACUUCUUCAUUCUUAAUCUCUCUGUUUGUGAGAUUGGUAUCUGUUUAAAUAGUGUGAUCACAUUAUUUUUGUAUUAUUUUUCGAUUUCAAAUCUAUUAGGAUUAAUAAACUUUUUAAUAGGACUGAGCAUCACCGGUCGUCCUCUGUUUCAGUGUCUGAUCUGUGUCGAGCGUUACCUGGCAGUGGUUCAUCCUGUAACCUUUCUGAAGUACAAACCUCUCAGAUAUAGAAUCAUGUGCUGCACUGCUGCGUGGAUCAUAAAUCUUGCCUCCUGUUUGUGCAUGUUUGGUAUAAUCUCAUCGAAUAUUGUUUUUUUUGUAAAGUGUUACUCUAUUCAGUUCCUCAUCUUUCUCUCUAUCCAGUUGUUCUGUUGUCUGGCUGUUCUCAGAGCUCUGAAGCAGUCAGGACCAGGAGAGAAAGGGAGAGAGAGAGAGGAGGAAAACCACAUGAAGAGAAGAGCGUUUCAUCUCAUUCUCAUUACUGCUGUGAAUUUGGUUGUCACUUAUCUCCCAUUUACAAUAUCCGGAUUCUAUUAUGGUCUUUCAAAACAGUAUAUUUUAGAACUUUUCACCUUUUCUUUUCAUUUGUUCAUUUUUGGUGGCUUUGUUCAGCCUUUUCUUUAUCUGCAUCGUGCUGGAAAACUCUGCUUCUUGUGUUCACCAUAA